CCUCUCACUCUCCCCCCAACCGUUCCUUUGCUCGUCUUCUUCAUCCAAAACCCCGAUGGCUUCAAACCCUCGUUGAAGAUCUUGAGAUUGAGGUAUAACCCUCAAAUUCUUCGCCAAAUUCUCCGGAUCGGCAGAUGGAGCUCGCCAGCGCUGUCUCCGGUUUGAUCCGAGCUCCUGAUCCAGGUCUCUUGUGGAGCAAAUGUCGCAUUCCGCUCUUGGAUUCAAGAUCGAAUAGGGUGAGUGUCGGGGUGGGGAGAUCAGUGAAGGAGAUGAGAGAUGCGAGGAGGAUUGCGAGUUUCGUGGUGAAUGCGAGUUCUGGAGGAGCUGAGAUGGAGACUCUGGUUGUUAAGAAGACGGGGUUGAGGGAUUUCAAGGUUCUUGCUGGGAGGCCGCUGCCGUUUGGUGCCACGGCUUGUGAGGAUGGGGUUAAUUUCGCUGUUUAUUCUGGAAGUGCUGAGGCUGCAACUCUUUGCUUGUUUACCCUCUCUGAUUUGAAGGAGAACAAAGUUUCAGAGCAAAUUUCCCUUGAUCCAGUAGUUAAUAGAACUGGCAAUGUUUGGCAUGUUUUUCUUCAAGGGGAUUUAAAGAACUUGUUGUAUGGCUACAAGAUUGAUGGGAAAUUCCAACCUGAAGAGGGGCAUUACUAUGAUUAUUCUAGGGUCAUACUGGAUCCGUAUGCUAAGGCGGUGACAAGCAGAGAGGAAUAUGGUGUCUUAGGACUUGAUGGUGGUAAUUGGCCUCAAAUGGCUGGCAUGAUACCUGUGUCUGAUGUUGAGUUUGACUGGGGAGGAGAUCUUCCUCUACGCCUACCUCAGAAAGACCUUGUAAUCUAUGAAAUGCAUGUCCGUGGUUUUACAAAACAUGAUUCAAGCAAGGUAGAUUUUCCAGGAACUUACAUUGGUGCAACAGAAAAACUUGACUACUUAAAGGAGCUUGGCAUCAAUUGUGUUGAGUUAAUGCCCUGUCAAGAAUUCAACGAGAUGGAAUACUUUGGACACAGCACUGCAAUGAAGGGGAAAAACUUCCUUGCCAGGGUAAAUUUUUGGGGAUACUCAACUAUCAACUACUUUUCUCCAAUGAUAAGAUACUCAUCUGCUGGCAUGAGUAAUUGUGGCCAUGAUGCAAUAAAUGAAUUCAAGACCUUUGUUAGGGAAGCUCAUAAACGAGGCAUUGAGGUGCUCUUGGAUGUUGUUUUUAAUCAUACAGCUGAAGGAAACGAAAAUGGCCCUAUACUGUCAUUUAGGGGUGCUGACAACAGCACUUAUUAUAUGCUUGCACCGAAGGGUGAGUUCUACAAUUAUUCAGGAUGUGGGAACACUUUUAAUUGUAAUCAUCCUGUGGUCCGACAAUUUAUAGUGGACUGUUUAAGAUAUUGGGUAGUAGAAAUGCAUGUGGAUGGUUUCCGCUUUGAUCUUGCUUCAAUUUUGACUAGGAGUUCCAGAUUAUGGGAUUCAAUUAAUGUGUACGGGAAUCCAAAAGACGGGGACAUGCUGACCACCGGAAGCCCGCUUGGUACCCCACCGCUCAUUGACAUGAUUAGCAAUGAUCCAAUUCUCCGGGGUGUUAAGCUCAUUGCUGAAGCAUGGGAUUCUGGAGGACUUUACCAAGUUGGACAGUUUCCUCAUUGGACCGUGUGGUCAGAGUGGAAUGGGCAGUAUCGUGAUAUAGUGCGGCAGUUCAUUAAAGGUACAAAUGGAUUUUCUGGAGCUUUUGCUCAAUGCCUUUGUGGAAGUCCUAAUUUAUACCAGGCAGGAGGAAGGAAACCAUGGAAUAGUAUCAACUUUGUUUGUGCACAUGAUGGAUUUACUUUGGCUGAUCUGGUGACAUACAACAAUAAGUGUAACUUGGCAAAUGGUGAAGACAAUCGAGACGGAGAGAAUCAUAAUCUUAGCUGGAACUGCGGAGAGGAAGGAGAAUGUGCAAGCAUAACAGUUAGACGAUUGAGGAAACGGCAGAUGAGGAACUUCUUCCUAUGCCUAAUGGUUUCACAAGGUGUGCCCAUGAUCUAUAUGGGUGACGAAUAUGGCCACAGCAAAGGAGGGAACAACAACACAUAUUGCCAUGACAACCAUCUCAACUACUUCAGAUGGGAUAGAAAAGAAGACUCCUCAUCAGACUUCUACAGGUUUUGCCAUCUCAUGACUAAGUUCCGCAGCGAAUGCGAAUCCCUCGGUCUAGAUGAUUUCCCUACUGGAGAUCGUCUACAAUGGCAUGGCCACCGGCAUUGUGCACCUGACUGGUCUAAAACCAGUCGUUUUGUUGCAUUCUCUAUGACAGACAAAGUGAUGCAAGAGAUAUACAUUGCCUUCAACACAAGCCAUCUCCCAGUGACAGUGUCACUGCCCGAACGCCCAGGCUACAUCUGGGAACCACUGGUGGACACAAGCAAGCCCUCACCAUACGACUUCCUCUCCGAUGAUCUUCCAGACAAACCCACAGCCAUAAAACAGUACGCCGGUUUUCUCCACUCCAACCUCUACCCCAUGCUCAGUUACUCUUCUAUUAUCCUAAUCCUCCGUCCAGAUCCAGAAUCCUUACUUUAAUUAAUCAACACCAAUAAA